AUGAAUGGUUCCAAUGCCGCAACCAAAAUUGAAAUACCAACAACAGAACUAACAACAGCAACAACAUCAAAUCCCACGUCAACUUACUCAGAACAAACCACGACAAUAGAACAAACGGGAACUCCAGAAACAACAACAAAUUCAGACCAAACAAAAAUAACAGAACUACUAACAUCUUCAACAUUUAACCUCACUUCCACUUACGCAGGACAAACCACGACAAUUGAACAAACGGGAACUCCAGAAACAACAACAAAUUCAGACCAAACAACAAUAACAGAACUACUAACAUCUUCAACAUUUAACCCCACUUCCACUUACGCAGGACAAACCACGACAAUUGGACAAACGAGAACUCCAGAAACAACAACAAAAUCAGACCAAACAACAGUAAUAGAACUACCAACAUCUUCAACAUUUAACCCCACUUCCACUUACGCAGGACAAACCACGACAAUUGAACAAACGAGAACUCCAGAAACAACAACAAAAUCAAAAUCAGAGCAAACAACAAUGACAGAACAAACGAAAACAAGUUCAGAACCAACAACAAAAAUAUCAAAAAAACUCAGUACUACGACAGAAAUAACAAUAGAAGAACAACGCACACCUAAAUCAGAGCCAACAAGAACAUCAGUCCCAACAGUAUGGCUAACUACAACGACAGAAAAAAACUCAACUAAAGCAGAAUCAACCUCAAUGACAGAAACACCAUUGAUAACAACAGCAGCAGAUCUAGAACUAACAACUUCAACGGCAGAACCAAUAAUGAUAACAACAAUAGAACUAACCACAGCAACGGCAGAAAUAACCACAGCAACAACAGAACCAAUCGUAAUAACAGCACAACCAAUCUUAACAACACCACAUACAGCCAUCACGACAGCAGUACCACAAACAACAACAGCAGAGCAAAGCACAACAACAGCAAAACUAAACAUCACAACAGUAGUAUCAACCACAAUAUCAGUAGAAAUAUCAACAACAGAAAAACCAAGCACAACUUCAGAUAAACCAACAACAACUAAUAGAACCUUGACGACAUCGGAUCUAACUACAACUACAGAACAAACUACAACAACAAUAGAACCAACCAUAAUCUCAGCAGAACUAAUCACAACAAACUCAGAACUACCAACUACAUCAACAGAACAAAAUACACCAGUAGAACUGACAAAAGUAGAUCAAACAAACACAAAAGAACCAACAACUACAGUAAUGCCAACUGCAACAGCAAAUUUAAUAACAACAUCCGUAGAACCAAUCAUUUCAGAGGGAGAACUAACAUCAACAGCAGCAAAAACUAAACCAAAAAUAGAACCAACAGCUACUGAGUCGACUCAAAGUGAACUUACUACAACCGCAGAACAAAUGUCAAUGCCUGUUAAUCCAAUAAACACACCCUCUGAGAGGACGACAACCCAAUCUGAACCAACGAUGACUCCAGCUGAACAGAUCAUGACAUCUGCUGAACUAAAGACAACUCAAACUGAUCUCAUGACCCUAUCUUAUCAAACUACACAAAAUGAACAAAAGACAAAGACAUCUGAAAAACCGACCUCAAUUAAGAAACAAUCAACAAGCUCAAGUCAAACAAUGGCCACAGCAGCUGACUCAACAACCAUAUCUGCCGAACCAGUAACUACACCAUUUGUACUAACGACAAGAAUUGAACGAUCAAACCCUUCUGUCGAAUCAACAACAACCUCGAAUGUGCUAACGACAAAAUCUGGACCAAUUAUCUUUUCUGCUAACCCGAUGACUACCCCUGCUAAACGAGCAACCAAUUCAGCUGAACAUUCAAUCACACAUAGCGAAGUAAAAAUCACAAAGGCUGAAUCGUCGUAUGAUCCAACGGCCAUAUUAUCUAAACUAACAUCGAUUUCUAAAGUAAGGACUAGUCUUAAGGAACGAACAAUGACUCAACCAACAUCCGAAGAAUCAACAAUCACAUCUACUGAAUCAAUGGGUACACUUAAAAUAUCUGUUGAACUUACAACCACAUCCCCUGCAUUGACAACGACUCCAGUUAAAAUAAAAACUACCCCAGAUAAACAAACAACAACCACAACUGAUCUGAAUAGACCUGAUCCAUUUAUGACCACACAAGCUGACAUAAAAACUACUUCUGUCGAACCAAAAGACUCUACUCCAGCUUUUGAGUUCAUUGAUAAACCCGUUAAUGAAAUAAACAAGGGAAAUAAGGAAGUUUCUUUGAAUUUGAACUGGGUUAUAGCCACUAUUGUUUCUGGAAUUAUAAUUUUGAUUCUAAUAUGUUUCUGUCUCUAUGUUUUAUUUGUGAGACGUCCAAGUGGAAAUAGAUGUAAACAGAAUGGUGACGCUAGUUAUUACUCUCGUUCAUUAAAAACAGAAACAAACAUAUAUGAAAUAGAUUGGUACAGUAAAACUGCAAUGCAUAAAUCAAGCAUCAUACCCAGAGCAGAGUUAAAAUCAUGGAAGGGUUUUGACGAACUGACGAACUAUGAUCCAACAUCAUAG